GCGCGCGCACACACACACACACACACACGUUGCCGGCGCACGCACACACGGGCGGACACACACUUCCAGUCGCGCGCGCGAACACACACACACACACACACACACACAAAGCUCUCUCGCUUUGAGCACACUAACGUGGCCGCUUUCUUUGUGUGGAGCCCUCGAGUGGGGUUGGGACCCGGGUCCUGUCCCGGGGAGAUGGCGCAGACCAUCUUGGGCCAUGGGAGCCUGCAGCCCGCCUCAGCUGCUGGCUUGGCAUCCUUGGAGCUCGACUCAUCGAUGGACCAGUACGUGCAGAUUCGCAUCUUCAAAAUCAUCGUGAUUGGGGACUCCAAUGUGGGCAAGACCUGCCUGACCUUCCGCUUCUGCGGGGGUACUUUCCCAGACAAGACUGAGGCCACUAUCGGUGUGGACUUCAGGGAGAAGACCGUGGAAAUCGAGGGCGAGAAGAUCAAGGUUCAGGUGUGGGACACAGCAGGACAAGAACGCUUCCGUAAAAGCAUGGUCGAGCAUUACUACCGCAAUGUGCAUGCCGUGGUCUUUGUCUAUGAUGUCACCAAGAUGACCUCCUUCACCAACUUAAAAAUGUGGAUCCAGGAAUGCAAUGGGCAUGCUGUGCCCCCACUAGUCCCAAAGGUGCUUGUGGGUAACAAGUGUGACUUGAGAGAACAGAUCCAGGUACCCUCCAACUUAGCCCUGAAAUUUGCUGAUGCCCACAACAUGCUCUUGUUUGAGACAUCAGCCAAGGACCCCAAAGAAAGCCAGAACGUGGAGUCAAUCUUCAUGUGCCUGGCUUGCCGACUGAAGGCCCAGAAAUCCCUCUUGUACCGUGAUGCUGAGAGGCAGCAGGGCAAGGUGCAGAAACUGGAGUUCCCACAGGAAGCUAACAGUAAAGCUUCCUGUCCUUGUUGAAACCAAAUGGUGUAAAUACACGAGAAUUAGUACUGGAGUUUUUUCUUUCCCCCUUUUCUGUGCCUGCAUAAUGCUUACACCUGCUUGUUUCCAUACAAACUAAUAUCAAAAUAAAAUUUGUAUAGAUUAUCACGUA